AUGGAAGUACAGAAAAGUGAGAAUGGUGAGGUACAGGAUGAGGAGUAUAAUCCAUAUGAGCAUCGGCAAGUGAAGAAACCUAAUUCUGAUGUACGAUCUCUAGCAAAUUUACUAAAAGCCUCAUUAGGCUCUGGUAUUCUAGCUAUGCCUCUAGCCUUCUCAAAUGCUGGAUGGGGCUUUGGCAUUGUCGGCACAAUCAUAGUAGCAUUUGUAUGUGGACACUGCGUGCAUAUAUUUGUGACAGUAUCUCGAGGUUGUUGUAAAGUGCUGAGAAAGCCUCUUUUAAACUACGCAGAGACGUGUGAAGCAGCGUUUACCAUUGGACCGAAGAAAUUUCGACGCUUUGCGAGAUUCGCUAGGGUUUUUGCUGAAGUGGCUCAGUUAUUGACUUAUCUCGGAGUGUGCUGUAUUUUCACUGUUUUAAUUGCAGAUUCUAUAAAACAGCUUUUCGAUCGCUACAUAACAUCUGCAAUAGUACCAGUUGAAUACUAUUGCCUGGCGAUUCUAGUACCACUGUGUAUAAUGUGUCAAAUAAGAUACUUAAAAUGGCUGGCCCCAUUUUCAUUGAUCGCAAAUGUUCUUCUAGUAGCCACAUUUGCAAUAUGCAUCUACUAUAUAUUUAAGGAUGAAAUAACAUUGAAUGGUAGAAAGGUGAUCGGACCUGCAGCUCGCUUGCCGGCUUUUCUUUCAACAGUGAUCUUCGCAAUGGAAGGAAUCGGCGUUGUGAUGCCGGUAGAGAAUGCUAUGAAGAAACCGCAACACUUUCUGGGAUGCCCCAGCGUUCUGGUAAUAGCGAUGACCUUUAUCAUGAUGCUUUACACCAUCCUAGGUGUGUUUGGAUACUUCAGAUAUGGCGAUGAGCUAAAGGGUUCUAUCACUUUGAACCUGCCUAUUGAUGAUUGGCCAGCUGUAUGUGCGAAGGUUUUUAUAGCCAUUUCGAUAUUUCUCACGUAUCCUUUACACUUUUACGUCGUUGUCGGAGUGCUCACAAGAUUCUCAGAGCCCUAUGUGAAGAAAGAAUAUAGGAAUAUGUCACAAAUUAUGGGAAGAACUGCUGUUGUACUGUUUUGCGGUGGCAUUGGAGUAGCACUGCCAAUGCUGGAGUACAUUACAAAUAUUGUUGGCGCCUUAUUCUACUCAAUUCUCGGUCUCGUGAUACCAGGAAUAGUAGAAACUAUUUACAAAUGGAACGAUCUUGGAAAGUUCAACUGGAUCCUAUGGAAGAACAUCAUAAUAGUCCUUUUUGGAGUGUUUUGUGUUAUCUCAGGAUGUGCUGUUACUAUCGGUGAUAUCAUUAAAAGACUUAGCAUUCCUUUAGUGUAA